CAGACAGAACCCUCAGCGCCCGGCGCGCGGGAGGUAUUGUCCGUCACUCGGGCUUUGUUACGUCGUCGCCUCCUCACCUGGCUGCAGGCGCGUCCUGGCAGCUGCAGCCCGGAGCCGGGUGCCAGCUGCUGCGGCCGCCGCCUCCGCCAUGGUGUCCCCGGUCACUGUGGUUAAGAGUGAGGGACCCAAGCUGGUGCCCUUCUUCAAAGCCACUUGUGUGUAUUUUGUGCUCUGGCUGCCCUCGUCCAGCCCGUCGUGGGUCAGCGCCCUCAUCAAGUGUCUGCCCAUCUUCUGCCUCUGGCUCUUCCUUCUGGCCCACGGCCUAGGAUUCCUGCUGGCCCACUCCAGUGCCACCCGCAUCUUUGUGGGGCUCGUCUUCUCUGCUCUAGGUGAUGCCUUCCUCAUCUGGCAGGACCAGGGCUACUUUGUGCACGGUCUGCUGAUGUUUGCUGUGACCCACAUGUGCUAUGCCUCGGCCUUUGGCAUGCGGCCAUUGGCUCUUCGGACAGGUCUGGUGAUGGCAGUACUGUCGGGCCUGUGCUAUGCCCUCCUCUACCCAUGCCUCACAGGUGCCUUCACCUACCUGGUGGGGGUCUAUAUGGCCCUUAUCAGCUUCAUGGGCUGGCGGGCUGUGGCAGGGCUACAGCUGGUUGGGACUGCCUGGCGCUGGACUGAGCUGGCGGCGGGCAGUGGUGCAUUGCUGUUUAUUGUCUCAGACCUGACCAUCGCCCUCAACAAGUUCUGCUUUCCUGUGCCCUACUCGCGGGCCCUCAUCAUGUCCACCUACUACGCCGCCCAGAUGCUCAUCGCCCUGUCAGCUGUCGAGAGCCGGGAGCCAGUGGAAGACUACAGACCGAGCAAGGCCAAAUGAGGGGCCAGGUUCUGGUCACCCCUCUCUUCUCCUGGCGCUGGGGAUCUUUCUAGCAAAGCUAGUGGUCCAGGACAAUGCUGAGAACUAAAAAGAGCCAGCUUGAUGCUCCUUGCUGGAGCCAGAAGAAGAUAUCUCCCCACCUCUACCCCAUCCAGACUGUCAGAGCCCCUCCGGAGGGCCAUGGUGCUCAUCCUCUUAACCUCCCCUACUUCUACUAGAUGGAAGAGUCUCACUCACCCACUUCCAGUCUUCUGAUUUGCACAGAGUUGAGGGAGGAGGGGAAGAGUCUGUGCUGAGAUGACCCACGUCCAGGGCUUGAAGCCUCCUUUCACAGGCCCCUAGUUGGGAAGAUUGGAUGGGGUGGAGUCUCCCUUUCCCACAUCUAUCCUUGUUACUUGAACAAUCUUAAUCUCUAAGUGUUGGGUGGGAAGGUGAAGGGGUGUCUAUCCAGGUAGGCAAGAUUGGGGACUACUUUGGCCUGGGAGUUUGGGGUACCAAGGAUUCAAGUUGGUCCCAUCUCUCAAAGGCCAUCCCAGAACUCAGGCCCCACACCACCACCCUCAGACCCUAUCCCCAGGGCUAGGGUGAACCACGCCAAAGGAAGGGGCCAGCCUGUGUGUGCGUCUGUAUGUGAGUCUUGCGUGUGUAGUCUGUCUCCCAGCCUAUCUAUGUCUUACUCUGCCAGCUGUCUCUGACCUGCUGUGUGUCAAAGUCUUUUAGGGAGAGGGCCUCAGGGAGCUGCUGAGGGGUUGCUGAGCUUGGCUCAGAGAGCUGGGACGCCCCCCACAUACACACCCACUCUCAGGUCUUUCCUCCUUGCCCCUCCUGCACUGGGAGUGAGAGAAGGGGGCUCCCGUGACACUCUAGGGUCAUAAGACCCGAGGCACAUUCAAUGCAAGGGGAGCAAGGAUGGGACAACUCCAUCCAAUUGCUCGUGUGAAAAAAAAUAAAAAAUACCCAAGGGCCAUUGGCUGCUCUGCUUGUCUGCCUGUGUGGCACGUGCCUGUCUUGGAGAGGUGGGGGUGUGGGGCAUGGCGCCAGG